AUGGCGGUGCUCUCGCGCUUUCAGCCGCAGUAUGAAGCGGCCAAGAUGGAAGCUGCAAACUACGCGAUUCAGGGAGCGAUGAAAUAUCGGGAGAACCAUGCGCUGAUUCAAAGGAUCCUACAGAUUGGCUACGGCUCCUUCAUCUUGAUAGGCACUUGGAAGAGCCUGAAUCCCAAGCCAAAAAAGAAGGACAGAGAUGCUGGCAAAAAGGUGGCGGCUGCUUCGGCUGCUGGAGCUAGCUCGGCUGCAACAGAUGGAAGAAAAGAAGGCACGCAGCUAGAGAAGCAAACCAGAGAGGUCGAAGAGGCCGACGAGAGUGGUGGGAAACGAGGCAGAAAGGGGAAGAAGGGAAGAGGACCAAAGGUUGAGGUGGACGCCCUCUUCUUUGCUAGACUCAAAAAGGUGAGUCGAGGCUAAAGCGGUCGUGCAGCAGGACCAGUAGGCGACGGUGGUGCUUGAGGACGGCACAUGGAGAAGGCUCUGGUCAUUUGAUCGUCCUUGCCACCACUACCAACAACUCUGACUGACUUGGUGCCCUUUCUUUCUACAGCUGCUUAGGAUCGUGAUCCCGGGACUGCGGUCAAAGGAGUCUUUCCUGCUUUUGAGCCACACCAUCUUCCUGGUCCUCCGAACCAUGUUGUCUCUAUACGUCGCAGACCUCGAUGGCCGCAUCGUCUCCGCUUUGGUACGAGGUCAGACCAGACAGUUUAUCACAGGCAUCAUCUGGUGGAUGGCAGUCGCAGUUCCUGCUACCUACACAAACGCCAUGAUCGAGUUUCUGCAAUCACGGAUUGCGUUGGCAUAUAGGUCCAGACUUACUCAAAAGGUGCAUGACAUGUAUCUGUCAGAUGCCACAUACUACAAGCUUGGCAACUUGGACGUGAGUACAAGCCAAUCAAUCACUGAAGGGCCGAUCUGAAAGCUUAUCAGACCACCCUUCCAUUUUGCCAAUGCCCUGCCUUACUAGGAUCGCGUCCGAAACGCUGAUCAGCUCAUCGCUGUUGACAUCGCCAAAUUCUCGGCUAGUCUUGCGGAAUGCUACAGCAAUGUGUCAAGUGAGUUGGAGUCUUUCCUCGCAGCACUUUUGGAGACGCUCAUUCCUUCACCUUUCCUUUGCCCUCUCCAGAGCCUAUUCUGGACGUCCUCCUCUACAACUUUCAGCUGUCUCAGAAUGUCGGUGCCGAGGGAUUGAUCUUCAUCAACUUCCUCGUGCAGGGCAGCGCAGCUUUGCUUCGUGCGCUCACCCCACCUUUCGGACAGUACGCCGCUGAAGGUCAGAGGUUGGAAGGCGAGUUCAGAUGGACACAUUCUCGUCUCAUUGAGAAUAGCGAAGAGAUUGCAUUCUACAGAGGCCAGGCGACGGAGAAGGGCGCGAUUGAGAGAGCGUACUUUAGCUUGAUCAAGCAUGUCAACCGAGUCUAUCGCAUCAGGAUUGGUCACGGCAUGGUGGAGGAAGGCAUCAUCAAAUGGUUCUGGGGUGCUUUGGGUGUAAGUCUCAUGGACGACCGAACUUUGCACCCUGCUUUCUUGGCACUGACCAAUCCUGACAUUCCGUAUGCCUUCCAGCUUGUCAUCUGCGCGAUCCCAGCUUUUGUCAAAAUCCCAGGGGCCAAGGCAGGCGACUUGGGCUCGCGAACGGAAGCCUUUGUCACGAACCGCAGACUGUUGCUGUCCAGCAGUGAUGCAUUUGGUCGAGUCAUGUACUCGUACAAGGAAGUUGCCGAGCUUGCGGGAUAUACUGCUCGCGUAUCCGAGCUGCUGGGCACAAUGGAGGACGUGAAGGCGGGCAAGUUCGACAAGAAGCUGGUCUCAAGCGCCAGCGAUCCAGAGGUGGCACAGCUCCUGAAGACAAGAGGGAAGAUCGUCGAGUCUGAAGACAUCAUCUUCGAGAAUGUGCCGAUCGUGACACCAGCUGGUGAAGUCCUGAUCAAGGCCAUGUCCUUCCACGUCUCGCCCGGCAUGCCGACUCUGAUUCUUGGCCCGAAUGGUAAGUACAGUUAGGGUUGCCAUCCCCUACAAUCGCGGCUGUUCUGACACGGCAAGCGCUGCCCUACGCAUCAGGCUGCGGCAAGAGUUCCCUCUUCCGACUACUCGGUGAACUCUGGCCAUGUCUGGGUGGAACCAUCCACAAGCCCAAACCAGCAGAUAUUUUCUACGUUCCGCAGAGGCCUUAUACCUCGCUGGGAACAUUACGAGAUCAGAUUAUCUACCCACUCACAGCGACAGAGAUGAGAGCAAGGGGCGUUGCAGAUGAGGCAUUACUGGAUCUGCUCCGCGUCGUCGAGCUCGAAGACAUUGUCGGAAGGUUUGAUGAAGGAUUUGAUGCGCAAACCGACUGGAGCUCGAGUUUGAGUGGAGGAGACAAGCAAAGAUUAGCGUUGGCUAGGUUGUACUUCCACAAGCCUAAGUUCGCUGGUGAGUCUCGUCCAACGAGGUAAAUACUUAUUGCUCGUGCUGAUGCUUUUACUUUCUGCCUUACUCCACAUAGUCUUGGACGAGUGUACUUCGAACAUGAGUCUUGAGCUGGAGAAGAAGCUCUACAGUCAUGCCGCUUCCAUCGGUACCACCGUCUUCUCGGUCUCGCACAGAUCGUCGGUGAGUUCUCGCGUGCUGCUCUCGCAUCUCCAGAUCGUACCUGACGCAUCUGAUCACCCUCUCCAGCUCUGGAGGUAUCACACUCAUUGUCUGGCCUUCACUGGCGAGGGUACAUACACAUUUGGCCCUCUCGAUGCGGAAAAGCGACUGGCCUUGCAGACAGAGAAAGAAGUGAGUCGGCCACUUGUCCGCUUCGAGCAGAGGGGCGCACGCACUGAGCUUCGAUUUAUACUCUGCAGACACUGGAGCACAAGCUAUUGGGCGUGCCGAAGAUGAAGGCGAGACUUGCGGAGCUGCAAGCUGCCCAGAAGGAGCAACACUCCAGACCUUCAUCUCCCGUCAGGGACAAGAGCCAGCGCAAGUUUUAG